AUGACGACUUCUCCUGAAGAUUGUGAAUCAACAGCAAUAAGUAACGCAAUACCCAUAAAGCCAAAGCCGAAACAUGGUUAUGCUGCAUCUAUUAGUUCUAUCUCCUCAGUUUUAUCCGAUCAAAUAACUAGUGUUACCUCCAUACCUUGGGCUCCCUCUUCGUUCGGUUCAACUUUAUUAGGAAUGACUCACAGUAAUAGUGUAGCUGUGCUCGAUCCACUUGCACAGAAAACUUUAGUAAAAGAAAUGGCUAAGAAAACAAUUAUAGAUUUGGAAGUGUUCCUUAAUCAAUUAUAUAAUGAUUCAUCGCUUGGAUUAUAUCAUAUCAGUGAACAUAUUCGUAAAAGAAAAGGAUUAAUUAAUUUAGAAAAAGACAUAGAAGUUACGAUUUCAGAUAUGAAAGAUUCAUAUGCUGUAGUGAAAACUUUACCUACAAUAUCAAGUUUUAGUAGUAUUAGUGAUUUGUUGAAAAAUACUUUAGAAGUUGUAGAAACAGCUAAAAGUAAAAAAUAA